UUAAAAGAAGAAGAAGAACUGUAACUUGGUUUUUACGAUAUUUUUCUAAACAUUUCUAUAGAACCCAAAUAGCUUAAUACCAUUAACAAUAAUUAUACCAUUUUAUGCUUUCAAAAAGAAGUUGUGUAUUAAUUUUAUCAUUAAAAGCCACCAUGGGAGGCGGAGAUUUGAACUCUAAAAAGGCCUGGCAUCCUAAUACAAUGAAAAAUCAAGAAAGGGUUUGGAAAGCUGAAAAAGCAGCCGCUGAAGAAAAGAAAAAGAUUUUAGAUUUGGAACGUGAAAGAGCACAGGAAAGAGACCGAGAUGAGCUAAAUAAGUUAUCAAAAUUGAGUAACAGGCAUUCAAAAGAUGAGACCCAAAUAGAUCACCAAUUGCAUUGGAUGUAUAAUAAACCAGAUAAGAAAGGCCAAAAUGAAGAUUAUUUACUGGGAAAAUCAAUUGAAAAAAACUAUGAUAAAGAAACGAAGCCUGAGCAAAAUGAGAUUCCAGCUGUAGCUCGCAGGGUUGUGGGUUCCAGUAUGACAACUUCUACCUCUGACAAUUUACAAGUUGACUUGGCACGUAAAUUACGGGAAGACCCUCUUUUACUAGUGAAAGAAAGGGAGAGAGCUGCACGAGCUGCUUUAUUAAACAAUCCUAUUCAACGGCGUAAACUUACUGAGCUACUGCGAAAGGAACAGGAGCAGAAAAAGGAAAAAUCCGAAAAAUCUAAAAAGAAAACAAAGAAAGACUUAGAUGAAAUCCUUACAGCAAAACUUAGCGCUUUAGGGAAAGGUAAAUUGGAUUUAGCUAAGUUGCUAGACUCUGAUGAUUCAUCGUCUGAUAGUUCUUCCGAAGAGGAAAAGAAGAAAAUAAAGAAAAAGAAGAAGAAAAAAGAUAAAAAGAAAAAACAAAAGGAGGAAAAAUGUAACAGUAAUUCAGAAUCAAAUGCAAAUGAAAGAGAAAGAGAAAACAAAGCUAAAUCAAGACAUAAAAAAUCAGACAAAAGAAUGAACAGUUCAAAUGAUGAGGAUUAUUCAAAUAGUAGAAAAAGAUAUGCAGACAAUGCAAGUGAUACUGACGAAGCAAAGAGACGGUAUCGAAGAUCAAGUCCUGGCAAAAAAUAUGAUUCUAAUAGGUACAACAAGGAUAAAUAUCACAGCUCCAUGAAUUCUUAUUAUACAAAUGAACGUACAUUGGAUAGAAACCACAAAAAACGCACAGGUCUAAGUGAGGAAGAAAAGGCAGCAAAAUUUGCCGAAAUGGUUGCAGCGGGUAAAGAACGUGAGGUGGAACGGUCCGAGCGUGUAGCAAAACAAAGGUUGGAGAUUGCAGCUGAUGAAAGGAGCGCAAAUAAACCGCGUUAUUCUAACCGUAGUGAAGCUCGUUCAUUACCAGAUUCUCUUGAGAGUAGAAUCCAUUCAAACCGGCACUAUAUACAACGUGACCAUCGACACAUGAACGAGAAUUUCGCUAAGAGGUGAUAUUAAAAAAAACAUUGUAAGUUAUCUUUUUUUAAUCUUUAAGACAUGAUGAA